ACAUUUCAGCUUUUAUCAGGCUUGUUUGUUGGGGGGACAGUGGUGUCAAUUGUGUUUCUGGCACUCAGAACAAACGAUGUUUUAUACCAAAUGAGCAGAACUAAAGAUUAAAUGUUAGUUGGCCUUAAGCAAACUUUAGUUUGCAGACCACUGGCCAAUCGACAGAAAGGCUCCUUUGUGCGCUGGAGGCCGUGACGUCAAAAGGCCUCUAUAAAGACAUAAAUUCAUAGUUUAAUCCGGAACAACGCCGAGGUGGGAGGACGAGUCUCGAUGUCCUCCUCUUGUUUCUUAACAUGCAUAGCUAAUGAGGUUUCUUCCCAGGGUAAAUAAAGCAGCGCCAACGUCGGCGGCCGUCAGAUUUGUCGGACCCGUUCCGAGGCGACAGCGUGAAGGGAUUAAAACCUGUUUUUUUUUGUUUUUUGCUCUCUCUGUUCGUUCUGAUUGACGAUCACAAAAUGCUGGAGAUGCUUGAAUACAGCCACUAUCAGGUGCAGUCCCACCUGGAAAGUCCGAACAAGUACCACAUCCAGCCUGCUCAGAGGCAGCAGGUGAGGCAAUACCUGUCCUCCAGUCUGGGCGGGAAAGCCGGCAGCCAGCCGCCCGAGCACAGCAUGCCGCCCGGGGCCGCCGGCAGCGCCCCCAACAGUCCCAUGGCCCUGCUCACCCUGGGCACCAACUGCGAAAAAGAAAUGGAUGACGUCAUCGACGACAUCAUCAGCCUGGAGUCGAGUUACAACGAAGACGUCCUGGGGCUGAUGGACCCGGCUCUUCAAAUCAACAACCAGCUGCCAUUGUCCGGUGGUUUACUGGACGUGUACAACAACCCGGGGCUUCCCCUGCCGGGCAUCGCCAUCGGCAACGCGUGCGCGCCCAACAUCAAAAGGGAAUUCACAGCUCCCGGCAUGAAGCAAGUCCUGGACAAGUCCGGAUCCUGUGGCCAGUUUGAGAGCUACCAGAGGCCAGACGGCUUCCCAGUAGAGGCUGAGGUUCGCGCUCUGGCCAAAGAGAGACAGAAGAAGGACAAUCACAACCUGAUCGAGCGAAGACGGAGGUUCAACAUCAACGAUCGCAUCAAAGAGCUGGGGACCUUGAUACCCAAGUCCAACGACCCAGACAUGCGCUGGAAUAAGGGCACCAUUCUGAAGGCCUCUGUGGAUUACAUCAGGAAGCUGCAGCGGGAGCAGGAGAGAGCCAAGGAGCUGGACUGCAGGCAGAGGAAGCUGGAGCACACCAACCGCCACCUGAUGCUGCGCAUACAGGAGCUGGAGAUCCAGGCUCGGGCUCACGGUCUGACCAUCGUGUCGUCCCCAUCGCUCUGCACGUCCGAGCUGAUGGCGCGGGCCAUCAAGCAGGAGCCCGUCUUGGGGGACUGUCCGUCGGAGCUCUACCAGCACAGCUGCACGCCAGACAUGUCCCCUCCGACCACGCUGGACCUCAACAACGGCACCAUCACCUUCGACCACAUGCCCGCCGACGCCGGCGACUCGGCCCACUACGGGAACUCCAGGACGUGUAAAAUGAAGGAGCUGGUCAGGGACAACAGCCUGGGCCCGGUUUCCCCCAGCGACCCACUGCUGUCCUCCAUCUCCCCCGACGUUUCCAACCCCGUCAGCAGCCGCCACAGCUCCAGCUCCAGCAUGGAGGAGAAAGACCAUGGAUGUUAGCCCCACGCCGCGACGAGCGGCCGAGCGGGAGGAAGAACUGAGGUUGUUUUCUUUUCCAAGGAGAUUUUUGAAAAAAAAAAAGAAACGUUUUUCAAAUGAUUGUUGUUUGAUUAUUACUUUGAACUUCUCAGAAAUACUCGACAAACACCUGACAUUCAAAACCUUGAAGUAGCCCGUUUAAUAUUCGACAUCGUGUAUUUUUACAUUUCAUCGCCUCUCUCCAAAAGAAACAAGCGCAUUAUAAAAAACACCAUGUUGUUGAAAUUAUACGAAAGGGCAGAAAUAUGAGUGUGAAACAUGUUUACACUCAACAAUCACCCCAUAUUCAGGAAAUAAAUAGCUAAUCCAAUAAUAAGCGUUUUUAAAAAGUUUAUGUAGCAUUUAUUUAUUGUUAAGUUGUACUCUUUUCCUUCUAGACAUCUCGUUUUGUUUUUGGUCCAUUCACACAAUAAUGGAUCUGAUUUGGUUUUGUUCAGAGUUGAAGCAGAUUCUUCCGUCGCGUCUCCUCACCGUAAAAUCUGAAAUAAAUCUAAACUUUUGACAUAAAGGCACUGGAAAAAAAGUUUUUUCUUUUUUUGUUUGUUUGGACACAUUUGCAUCAAAGCUGUUGCCUGUUUCCCUUUUGGGUCACGAUGAACUCUUGACCUUUGUGUGGCGUUCAGAACAGGAGCUCAUCGAAAACGGCGGGAAAAACGUCCAAUAAAUGACCCGGCCGGAUGCUCGACCAAAUCCUGGUCAUUUCUCCACCCUAUAACCUGCCUGACAUGUUCAACCCGACCAGGGGGUCGGAUGAGAGACUAACAGGCUGAAAAGAUUCAGAAACUUUGUCACUGUUCGUGUUUUGGCAUACAGUGAUGCCAUAAGCAAAAUAAAUAAAUAAUUCAGAAAGGUCUUUCAAAGUGCUAUUUUGACAUGGAGUGCAAAAUAAUUCAAACCCCCUUUGAAUUUGUCCACAUUUUGUCACCACAAACGUAUCGCAUGUAUUUCACUGCGACUUGCCAAAGCUGAGUGACUGAA